AGCCACGUAGAUUCGGCCGCCUCCGGCCCCACUCGCGCAGCCCGACCCGGAAGUGACGUGGGAGAGCGGCCUGACGGCGGGCGGCGCGAGCCGGGAAGAGCCGCCAGCGCCGCGGGCCGGGGCCAGCCAUGGCCGGAACUGACGUGGGAAAAAACGCGCGGGUGGCAGGGGGCAGCAUGCCAGCCCCCCCCAGCCAGGACCCCUGCGCCCCCCUGCGGCUGGCCGCAGCAGCUGCCUGGCAGGUGGUGCGGGCGCGGCAGGUGCGCGACUUUCCGCGGGUGCUGGGGCUGCUGGAGGCCGUGGGGCAGGCGGCCCCCGACAUCGUCCGCUUCCGCCACUACGCCCGGCUGCGCCUGGGCCUGCAGGCUGCGGUGAUCAUGGGGAUGCUGCAGGAGGAGCAGCCGGACGGGAAGAUCUACCACGCCGUGGACACCUACUUCCCCGAGGGCGAGCACCAGCGCCACCCGCUGGCCACCGCCCGGGACCUGCGCCUGGUGGGAGAAGCCCAGGAGACCUUCCGGGAGCUGGUGCUGGGGCUGCUGAGCGACCGGCAGCAUCGGGAGACCUACGUGGAGGAACAGCUGGAGGCCGAAUAUGGGGAGCCCUUCCUGGGGGGGCUGGAGGGGCUGCUCUACGAGUAUCUGGUGCGCCUGGAGAGCUCCCUGUCCCCGCCCCAGCUCCAGCAGCUGCAAGAGGCUGCCUGGAGCGAGUGCCCCCUGGCUGGGAACCCCCAGCGCCCCCCAGAGCUCAGCGUCCUGGCCCAGUACCUCACUGACAUGGGCCACCACCAGCACACAGGCUCGGUGACCAGCACACCCUCCCUGCCCCAGCCGGGGGCGGAGCAGCCACUGUCCAGGACGCUGGGGUCCCACCAGAGGCAGAGCCAAGAGGGGGCAGCACCCGUGCAGGAAGAGAUGCCCCCCAACCUUGGCCUGCACUGCCAGCCGCCCGGAGAGCAGGACCUGGACACAAGCAGGGACAUCGUGUGGGAGUCGGAAGAGGAGGAGAGCUGCUGCCCCCGCAGGAAGGCCAGCUACCAGCGCACACGGCACAACACCCUGAUCCCCACCUUCUCCAACCACCUGGACCCCCCGGGCAGGUGCCCUGGCUGCUGCGCUCCCGGGGCCCUGCCCCCUCUAGGGGGGGCAGCUCCCCCACCCCACGGCACAGACGCAUCAGCCUCCGGAGCGUGCCCCACAAAGCCUUUUAUUGGUGACACCAAAUAAACAUG